AUGAAUCGAUUUGAUUUUGGCGAAUCCGAUGGAUCUUCCUCAGAUCUCGACGAGGACUCGUCGAGCGUCCUUCCAUUUCCAAAACCCUUAAGCCGUGUCUCCUUCCUAUCAAAUGACUUCGAUGCUGCUACUUUUCUUUCCUCCCUGACGAACCGCCAUCAGAGUCUCGAAGACCUGCGACAAGAGUUGCGUGGCUUGGAGCAAUUGUUGAACAAGGAGUUGCUAGAUCUGGUCAAUGAGAACUAUCAAGAUUUCCUCUCCCUGGGAACCGCCCUUCGAGGGGGCGAAGAGAAAGUCGAGGGAGUGAAAGUGGGCCUUCUCGCCUUCCAACGAGAUGUGCAGGCGAUUCGCGACAAAGUCGAUGCUCGGCGACAGGAGGUAGAGGAGUUAUUAAACGAAAAAAGGCGACUACGAAGCCACGCAGAUAUCGGGAAAGAAUUGCUCGAUUAUGCGGACCGAAUUGAAGAGCUGGAGCACCAAUUAAUGAUCGAGGACAAGUCAUCUCCGAACGAUAGUCCCGCUGAGGAAUCAGACGAAGAAUCAGAUCUAUAUGCUAGUGAUAGCGAUGAAUGUGAAGAUGUGAGAUUGGACGAUGGCGCAACACCUGUGUCACUGAAACGACUCGAGCGACAUGUCCAGAAACAUGUAUUCCUCAAUUCAAUCGCUGCGCGAGUUGGCGAGCACCAUCCUUUCAUACUUGCCCAGCGGCCGCGCGUGGCGAAGAUCAAGUCCACAGUGCUCAUGGAUUUAAAGUCUGCGUUGGAACAAGCCAGCCAUGCUGGUAAUCAGCGCGAUGCACGAACAAUGGGAGUUUUGCAUCUCUAUGAAGUAAUGGGUGAAGAUGUCAGUGCAGUGGCUGCGCUGAAGAAUCUGAAGAUCUAA